ACAAAAAAAGCUUCGUGACGCAAUUCACAAGUUCUAACGCCGGGGCUGGGCCGCGCAGCAGAAUCUCCUGCUCGUCUACAGAGGAAGAAGAAGGAAUAGGUAAAGUCAGCACGAGAAAGAAAGCUAACAAGUUUCUGUUUCAGCAUGGUGUCAUUCACUGCACUUGUCAGCGCUGUUGUGCUGAUUGCGGGCGCACAUGCCUUGAUUCACCCGCGUAAGAAGGUGCUGGUACUCGGCGCGGGGGUUUCUGGGAUAUCUACCGCGAAGUAUCUACAAGAAGGAGGCGUGGGGGAUUUUCUUGUUCUUGAAGGCCAGGACUACAUUGGCGGCCGCAUGAAACUCGUCCCGUUUGCCGGGUAUAAAGUCGAAGCUGGCGCUAACUGGAUCCACUUUGCGACUGAUGAGGGGUCUAAGGCCUUGUGGGACCUGAAGGCUAAGGUGAACCUGAGGGGAAUCUGGAGCAACUACUCAGAUAUCAUUAUUAGGAAUGAGAGUGGAGCAGAUGUGACAGAUCUUAAGCUUGUCCAUCAGCUCGAGAAAGCCGAAAGUCUCCUAGAAGACGAACAGGAAGCAAGAAAGUCAAAGAAGCUUAAAGAUAUUCCAGGUAGCGUUGGUCUUUCUCUUCUCGGCUGGAAACGCCCUCGCACGCCCGUGGGACAAGUUCUGGAGUAUUUUUCCAUAGACUUUGAGUACUCGGUCAGGCUAGAACAGGUCUCUUUCAACAACAUGGACGCCAGAGAAACGGAUUUCUAUUCUACAGAUCAGCGAGGGUUUUAUAAUAUAUUUAACGAGACUGUGGAAACGUUCAAGGACAAAAUCAAGCUUAAUGAAAGAGUGGCUAGAGUUAAAUACAACAACACUGGAGUUGAGGUGACCACAUCUUCUGGUGACGUGUACUCUGCUGACUACGUGGUAUGUACAUUCAGUACCGGUGUCCUCGCGAGUGACAUGGUCGAGUUCGUCCCACCGUUACCCAAAUGGAAGCAAGAAGCCUACUUGAGUCAUCCGAUGUCCAUCUACACCAAGAUCUUCCUGAAAUUCGAUCACAAGUUCUGGGACGACAACGAGUACAUUCUUCAUGCGUCGAUGAAACGGGGAUAUUACCCCGUGUUUCAGGACCUUGCACGUCCGGGUAUAUUUCCCGUGAACAGUUCCAUCCUUCUCGUCACGGUCACCGAUACCGAGUCACGUCGCAUUGAGCGGCAACCUUUCGCCGAAACGAAAAGGGAAAUAGUUGAGAUGCUAAAAAAGAUUUACGGCAACAAUGUCACCGAACCAACAGAUAUCUUCUACGACCGCUGGUCGCAGAAUCCAUAUAUCAGGGGCGCAUACAGUGAGGUCGUCGUCGGCACUGGGUCAAAGAGCUUUGAGGAGCUCGCAAAGAAUCUCGGGAACCUCCACUUUGCAGGGGAGGCCUAUGACGAGGAAUGGUACAACUAUUUGCAGGGAGCAUGGCUGACCGGCCAACAAAAGGGAAAAAAGCUCUCCAGUCUCAUCAAAUGUCUCGAGGCAGGACGUGGCGACUGCAUUCCUACAGCAGGAUCACAUGGCACUCGGUCCACUGGAGCGCACUUUUUUAUCGCUGUCAUCCUCAGCUUUGUAAUAUCAUCAAAUUUCUAAUUGUGUCGGUUCUCUGUACGCUGGACGACAGAUGCUCUCGCACUGCCGAAUACCCGACGAACAAAUGCCGAACGGCGGCCGGUAAACUCGGUCGAGGUGCGGGUAGAAGGUUUUCUUUUCCAAUCCCGCUUUGAAUUGUUGUAAACGGUUUCAUUAACGUGGAUAUAUAUCAGUAUUUUUUUAGAAUAUAAUGAAUUGGUUCUAAAAACUAACAUUCUUUAGAUAUUUUUCCCUACAGAGUUUGUACGGCUUUUAAUACAUAUAUCUAAGUUUUUUAUUUGCAUUUUUUCAUUGUUAUUAUUACGUUUUAUUAUGUUUUUAUAAUCAAUAAAAUAUUCAUACUUA